UGACAAUGAAGGGAGUUGGAACUUAGCCCUCCUACCACCACCACGGGAAUCUACAACCUUCAAGCACUGUACCCUUAGUGAAUAGGGGCGUCGACCAGGAAAAAAUAUCUACCCACCCACAGAGGGAAACGACAGUUCUGGUGGGGAAACAAAGGCUCCCUAGAAAAUUAUAAAUAUUGCUCUGCCCUCACACAAAUUUUGGGUUUGAAUGCAUACUCCCUUUGUGGUCCCGGAAAUACUAAACUAAAAAAGUAACAUAAGAGUCUCAGGGUGGUUGUGCCCCAGGGAGCCUGGCUGAAGUAAACGCAGAUUCUCUCUGGAGGAAUAGAUCCUCCUCCUAAGAUCCCUUUAGGAUCAGUCAAAUAGGAGCUCACAGAACGAUUACAAAACACAGGAAGAAAUGAGUCAUUGUGAGCGAUAGACACCAGAAGGAAGACAUAGCAGAAUGAGUUUCUCUGAGAGUCUAAGAGGCUAGAAUUAUGAGAUUUGGAAUAUAAAUAAUUGUUUAAACAAUGUGUUAAGAAAUCAAAGAUGGACUUGAAACAAUAAGCAGGGAACAAAAUACUGCCCCAAAUGACCAAGCAGAUUUGAAAAACAACCAAGUGGAAUUUCUGGAAAUGAAAAAUAUAAUUACUGAAAUAAAAAACUCAGAAGACAUGAUAAGUAGUAGAUGAGAUAUACCUAAAGAGAAUUAGUGAAAUGAAAGAUCUAAAGAAAUUACUCAGACUCUAACAGAGAAAGCCAAAGAGAUGGCAAAGAAGAGAGUUAAGAGACUUAAAGUACAGAGUAACGUGGUCUAACAGGGAGAGAAGGAGUAGGAGGGACGAGAGUGAAGGGCUCUUCCAUCAGACCUGGGUACAGAUGCUGGUGGACUGCACCGGAGGGCACUGGGCGUGGAAGGGGGUGGAUUUAGAGAUGUUCAGGAGGUAGAAUUGAUAGGGCUUAGAGAUGGAGUAGGCCGUGGAGGCCAGGGAGAGGGAUGUGUCAAGGAUGACUAUCAGAUUUCUGGCUUGAGAAACUGGGUAGAGGAGUAUCAUUUAUUAAGCUGGCAAAGUCUAGGGGGGAACAGAUUUGGGAGAACGAACAAGUGUUUCAAUUUGCAUGGGAAGAUCUGCUGAUGGAUCACAAAAGAGGAGACAUUAGAGAUGGGCCUUAAGGUAUGUGUAGGAGUUUACCUGGUGGAGAAGGGACUUGAGGAAAAGGAGCUCCUUUCAGUGAGAUCAUUGAGGCCCUUUUUUGGAACCCACUCUCACUCAAAAGAGACCUCUUGAGAAGAGCCAUCCUCAAGACCGUCAGAUAGGACUUUUGGAAUCUCCUAGUUUCAUCUCAUUUUUCAAAUUUGGAAGCUGAGGCCCAGAAGGGUCAGGGAUUUGCUCUCCUAGCCUUAGGCUUUUCAUUCAUUCAUUCAGUCAGUCACUUAACAGCUAUGUAUCAAAAGCCCACUUUAUAGCGAUACUAGAUACUGGGGAUACUACAGUGAACAGGGCAAAGAUUCCUGCCCUCAGAAAGCUUCUAUUUUGGUGGAGGGAGACAGACAAUAAAUACAAAAAUAGGAAAAAAGAAAAAAACACACGUCAGAGGGUGAUAAGAGCUGUAAGAAGCAUAACGACUGGGAGGGGGUCAGGAGGUGCCGUUGGGAAGGUGACCCUUGAGCACAAAAGGCCCUGGGCAGCUCUUGUAGGUCUCCUGCCACCAUAGCCCAUUGUGACAGUGUCUGGGGUUCUAGAGUGCAGGCCUGAGGAGGGCAGGAGAAGGCUAGAGAAGGAGGAAGAAAAGGAUUGAAGAGGGACCUAGUGGGCAGGCUGUGCCCCCCAGGGGGGCAGAAAGCCCAAUGGGUCAGAAGGGCCACAAAGACUCCCUUUACCCUUGUAGGGGGACUCCUGUGAGCAGCCUCCAUGAGGCCCUGGACCAGUGCAUGACUGCCCUGGACCUCUUCCUCACCAACCAGUUCUCAGAAGCACUCAGCUACCUCAAGCCCAGAACCAAGGAGAGCAUGUACCACUCGCUGACGUAUGCCACCAUCCUGGAAAUGCAGGCCAUGAUGACCUUUGACCCUCAGGACAUCCUGCUUGCUGGCAACAUGAUGAAGGAGGCGCAGUCGCUGUGUCAGAGGCACCGGAGGAAGUCCUCUGUAACAGACUCCUUCAGCAACCUGGUGCACCGCCCCACUCUGGACCAGUUCACGGAAGAGGAAAUCCACGCGGAGGUGUGCUACGCAGAAUGUCUGCUGCAGAGGGCAGCACUGACCUUCCUGCAGGAUGAGAAUAUGGUGAGCUUCAUCAAGGGUGGCAUCAAAGUUCGCAACAGCUACCAGACCUACAAGGAGCUGGACAACCUCGUGCAGUCCUCCCAGUACUGCAAGGGAGAGAACCACAGGCACUUUGAAGGAGGGGUGAAGCUCGGUGUGGGAGCCUUCAACCUGACGCUGUCCAUGCUUCCUACUAGGAUCCUGCGGCUGCUGGAGUUCGUAGGGUUUUCAGGAAAUAAGGACUACGGGCUGCUGCAGCUGGAGGAGGGCGCCGCGGGCCACAGCUUCCGCGCCGUGCUCUGCGUCAUGCUGCUGCUCUGCUACCACACCUUCCUCACCUUCGUGCUGGGCACCGGGAAUGUUAACAUCGAGGAGGCAGAGAAGCUCCUGAAGCCCUACCUGAAGCGAUACCCUAAGGGCGCCAUCUUCCUGUUCUUUGCAGGGCGGAUUGAAGCCAUUAAAGGCAAUGUUGACGCAGCCAUCCAGCGGUUCGAGGAGUGCUGUGAGGCCCAGCAGCACUGGAAGCAGUUCCACCACAUGUGCUACUGGGAGCUGAUGUGGUGCUUCACCUACAAGGGCCAGUGGAAGAUGGCCUACCUGUACGCCGACCUGCUCAGCAAGGAGAACUCCUGGUCCAAGGCCACCUACAUCUACAUGAAGGCCGCCUACCUCAGCAUGUUUGGGAAGGAAGACUGCAAGCCGUUUGGGGAUGACGAAGUGGAGUUGUUUAGAGCCGUGCCAGGCUUGAAGCUCAAGAUUGCCGGGAAAUCUCUACCCACAGAGAAGUUCGCCAUCCGGAAAUCCAGACGCUACCUCUCCCCCAACCCGAUCUCCUUGCCAAUCCCUCCUCUGGAAAUGAUGUACAUUUGGAAUGGCUACGCUGUGAUUGGGAAGCAGCCGGAACUGACAGACGGGAUACUUGAGAUUAUCACCAAGGCCGAAGAGAUGCUGGAAAAGGGCCCAGAGAACGAGUACUCCGUGGAUGACGAGUGCUUGGUGAAGCUGCUGAAAGGCCUGUGUCUGAAGUACCUGGGCCGUGUCCAGGAGGCCGAGGAGAAUUUCAGGAGCAUUCCUGCCAAUGAAAAGAAGAUUAAAUAUGACCACUACUUGAUCCCAAAUGCCCUGCUGGAGCUGGCCCUGCUGUUUAUGGAGCAAGGCAGAAACGAGGAGGCUGUCAAACUCUUGGAAACUGCGAAGCAAAACUACAAGAAUUACUCCAUGGAGUCAAGGACACAUUUUCGAAUCCAGGCAGCCACACUCCAAGCCAAGUCUUCCCUGGAGAAUGGCAGCAGGUCCAUGGUCUCAUCAGUGUCCUUGUAGUUUUAUGCAGCACUCCUGGGCUGGAAGAUGGAGACAGUUGGACAGAGCUCCUGGAAACAUUUCAGAAAGAUCCC